AAGAAAAUAUGAAUUGAAUGAUAGAAGGAUAUACGCAGUUAUGCGAGUUUUCAAUUUUGUAAUAGUUUUCUGUUGGAUUUGUACUAUCAGAACAGUUGGAUCUGGAACAAUAACGGAUACUUACGGAAAUGUAGCAUACGGUAACGGUACGGUAUCCUGGGCGGACCCACCGUCGGGGAUGUCGUACAAGACGGUAAAUGGUUAUGAUCCAGGAACACUGUCCAUGUUAUACGACGUUGUACGGGGAUUUGUGAACACUGUUCAGUCACAACCAUUUCCAUUCAAUAUAAUAAACGAUGUCCUAAAUGGAAAUUUUGAUAUAAGUACUCGCUAUAUGGAACUAAUAGACGUAGUUACGGGGUUUGCUGUAUGUUUCGUCAUUGGACUGUUGUUUGUCAUCUUUUUCCCAUUAUGUGGUUGCUGUUUCUGCUGCUGUCGAUGUUGUGGAAAUUGUGGAGGAGAUCUUAAAUACGAAGAAGACCCUAAUGAAGACUGUAAGAGAAUGGGGUUUGCACAAGCAUUGUUUAUAAUGUCACUUCUCUUGGCGACGUCAUCAGCUUGUGUGUACAUAACCAAUGACAACUUUACCGUAGCCAUUAAAUAUGCAGAUACCUCUAUUGCUGACAACUUAGACGACGUCAACACAUAUAUUAACAAUACUAUCAUGCAAUUCCAAUAUGUGGCAGUUGGCAUGUACAAUAUUGUAAGCGAUUCCAUAACAGCAGAUAUCAAUGGUAUUGGUAAAGUAAUGUCGGAUGCAGUUCAAGCAAAUUUAAACAUAACCCCAGUCAUAACGGCCGUGAUGGAUCUGGAUACAUCAUUACAAGCAAUAAAAACAGCGCUGGACCAAUCUGUUACCGACAUUACAGCUUUACAGUCAGCUGCCAAUACACUGUCGUCAGAUCUCAAUACUCUGUCAUCAGAUAUCGGUACUACAAAAUCUAGUUGUUCAUCAGACUGUACACCAACAACAGCUUGUGAUGGCUUUGAUGAAACAGCACUGGCAGUAUCAGCGGAUUUCAGUACCCUGCCAGAUUUAACCAGUGUACAAUCAUCAAUAGACGGCGUGGUCGCUCAAAACCUCACUGGAAUAGCUCAAUCCGCACAGUCGCAGUUGGACAACAUGGAAACAACUAUUGAUUCCUCUACUUCGUCAGCUAGAUCAUCAAUUCAAAGUUCACUGGAUAGUUUUAAAUCAACACUGAACACAAUGGUUGACGAUUUUGUGACUCAAGUUAAUGGUGCCAUAGAUACAUAUUCACUGAAAACGGAGAUUGGCAAAUUUUUCCAGUCCGCCAUAGAUUACGACGUUUACAGACAAUAUUUUGGUUAUGGGUUGAUGGGAUUAUUCUCUUUUAUACCGUUGUUAAUGAUUGGUGGAAUAAUGUGUGGUUGUUGUUGUGGGGACACUGAAGCCAAACCAUCAGAGAGGCCAUGUUGUUCAAGUUGUGGAGGAUGCCUUAUGAUGCUUGCUGUAGCCAUAAUGUUUCUGAUUGGUGCACUAUUGAUGCUGCUAACAACUGUAACCUUUAUGAUUGGUGGAAAUUUGGAAAAGAUCUGUCAAUCAUUUAUUGAUCUCACCGUAUUUAGUGAUUUCAUAGACCAAAAUGCCAUUCCAAGUUUCCAUCUUGGACAGAUGAUACUAGGUGACCCAAGUGUCAACAUCAGCGUAUACAGUCUGAUCUUAGGAUGUCGAAUGAACAAGGCACCAUUCACAAUUCUGAGCCUCGACCAAAUUAUUCCUAUAGACAAUUAUCUGAACUAUUCUACGUAUCUCACUAGCAUUGAUUCAGAAAUAAAUGGUAUCAGUAGCUCAGUGGACAUUAGCAGUUUUAAAGUGUUAACACCAUCUAUGGAGUCAAGUUUGAAUGACUUUUCAAACUCUGGCAUCGACGGAAUUGAUUUUGCUGCCAUCAAUACAUCACUUUCCCAGACUCUCGUUACGUUUGAUAUUAAUACCUUGAUAUCUUCCAUGACAUCAAUUAAAAACCAAUGCACAGGGACAAGUGAUUCUAGAUGGGCAACACACAUCAGUGAUGCUGAGACAAUAAGAGAUGUCACAAUUCCAGCUGUUACAACAGCCCAGAGUAACCUGCAAACAUCAAUUUCGUCUUUGGAGAGCGCAAUAAGUGGGAUAAUAGCCAAGAUCAACAAUACUAUUGACACAGCCAGAGCUGCAGAUAACGAAAUUCAAAACAAUAUGGCGAGCGUUAUACUUCAGGCUGCCAUAGAUUUUAAAAACCAGAUACUAGCAUACAUUGAUUCAUAUAUCUUGGAAGUAAGGAAUUUGAUUUAUAAUGAGCUAGCAGCUUGUCUUCCCAUUUGGAAUCUCUAUAACUCCUUUACUACAACAUUUUGCAGUUAUACGUUAGAUGCCUUGAAUACUUUUUGGUUUGCAAUUGGCUGGGGAUUAUUUUUCUUCACACCUGUUAUCAUUGUCGGAGUCAAAUUAUCAAAGUAUUACAGAAGGUUAAGUGAGGAUGAAGAUGACGAUGGUGACGAUGAUGAAGAUGAUGGUUUUAAUGGUUAUCAUAAUGGUUCUAGACAACCUCGAUUGCGUUCUCCACGUCGGUUCAAUAAAGUAUCCCCGCAGUACUACUGAUAGACCAAUUUGAAUGGUUGUUGACUAAUAAUUUUAACAUUUUCAUAUUGAUGGCAAUAUGUGUUAGCGACAAUAAAUUCCUUUUAUGUU